GCAACUUUCACCGCCUACUCUAGCCAAGGAGGGGCACCUCCCCAUUCCGAGGAAAGACGGAACAAGAUGGCGGCGCAACACGUGACAACGUGGUGACGCAGACGUAUGACGGCGGCCUUUACGGGGGCACCGCCUUAACCUCACCCCCUACGCUCACUCAGUUUUGACCCCCUCCCUUCCCCGCCCCCGGCCUGGUGUAGAUCAUGCCGCCAGCGGCGGCCCUAACUGCCGAGGAAACGGUAGCCUAGGACAGUUGACUGUUAAGUGACACUGAUUGUCCCCGCCCCGCCAGACGCUAGAAAAAAAGGCACGUCCCCUACCGCGUGACGGGGUGGGGAAAUAGGUAGUAAAUUCGGAUCCACCUGGGAGGGGGGAGUGGAAGUUCCCGCCCCGGAGAACGGCAAGGCGACAGCCACAGUUGAUUAUGGAAGAUUCCCAUAAGAGUAACACUUCAGACACAGCACCGCAGCCUGCUUCAACAGUUCAGGGAGCCCAUAUUUCUCACAUUGCUCAACAGAUGUCAUUAAGAGGAUCUGCGCCAGUGACAAUUGUACCUCUUCCUGGAGAGCAAGUACAGGUUCAGGGGGUCAUCCAGACAGCUCAGUCUUCUGUAAUUCACCCACCACACGUGCAAACGGUAUCAUCUUUAUCAGAAAGUGAAGAAUCUCAGGACUCAUCUGACAGUAUAGGCUCCUCACAGAAAACGCACGGGAUCCUAGCACGGCGCCCGUCUUACCGAAAAAUUUUGAAAGAUCUAUCUUCUGAAGACACGCGGGGCAGAAAAGGAGACGGAGAAAACCCUGGAGUCUCUGCCGUCACGUCUAUGUCUGUCCCGACCUCCAUCUAUCAGACUAGCACCGGACAGUACAAAGGCUGUUCAAGAAGAAAUUUGUUCGAAAACCGAAUCACGCCUGAGAGACGCGUGACUAAUCAUACAGUUGCCAUUGCCCCAAAUGGAGCCUUACAGCUGGCCAGUCCAGGCACAGAUGGAGUACAGGGACUUCAGACACUAACCAUGACAAAUUCAGGCAGCACUCAGCAAGGUACAACAAUCCUGCAGUAUGCGCAGACCUCUGAUGGACAGCAAAUACUUGUGCCCAGCAACCAGGUGGUUGUGCAAACUGCAUCAGGAGACAUGCAGACAUAUCAGAUCCGUACCACACCUUCAGCUACUUCACUGCCACAAACUGUGGUGAUGACAUCUCCUGUGACUCUUACAUCUCAGACAACUAAGACAGAUGACCCCCAGUUGAAAAGAGAAAUAAGGUUGAUGAAAAACAGAGAAGCUGCUCGAGAAUGUCGCAGAAAGAAGAAAGAAUAUGUGAAAUGCCUGGAGAAUCGAGUUGCAGUCCUGGAAAAUCAAAAUAAAACUCUAAUAGAAGAGUUAAAAACUUUGAAGGAUCUUUAUUCCCAUAAAAGUGUUUGAUUCUUAAGAAAGUACUUUGUGGACUUGCCUAAAAAUUAGAUGGAUUUUUCUUUUUAGUAGUCUUAUAAAUUAAAAGGUCAAAAAUGAAGCUUUUACUUAGGCUUUUGCAACUCAAAGAUAAAUGUCUUUUGCAAGAGAUCUGGUAGCAGGAUAAAGAGGAAGGGCUCUGAGGAAGACACUGGCUCAACUGGAAGCUCUGUAAAAACCGCGCAUACUCACGAAGCAGGAAAUGAACUUGCACCAAUUUGAAUUUUCUAAAUAACAGUAGUUGUCAAUAAUCCAGAAAUGGCAGGUAAGAUGAAAUUCAGUAAAUUUUACAAAAUAAAUCAAUUUAUCCUAUAGGUUUGCAUUUCUUACUGUUUCCUAAAAUUUAUUUUUUCAAUUGUGUGCACGUGUGUAUUUUAUUUCUGCCAAUAAAAUCUAAAUUACAAAUAGAAAAGCUAAUACAUAACUAAAUAUGAAUAAUUAUGUGUUUGAUUAUGUAUACUUGUUCUACUGUCAGAUCUUUUAAAGGGGUGUUUAAGUUUAUUGGACUUGAGUGUUUUCAAGGCUGGGUUAAACAAUUUUUGAGUUCUUGUCAUAACACAAGUAUCAAAGGUACAGGAAUGGGGUUGUGGUGUUUUUGUAACAUUUUUUAUCAGAAUGGAAAAGAGAGCUGUUUAAAAGUUUAAUACUUUUAAAUAGUUCGGUUUUGGGUUAUUCUGGGAAUGCUGAUUUUACAAAUUGUUUUUUGAAUCUAUUAUGCAGUUGAAUAUACAUUACUUAUUCUGUUGUGCUUUAAUAGAAUGGAAUGUUUACAGGCCCUUGAGGUGAUAUGAGAGUAUUUUUUUAAAAGCCUUCUGAAGAUACAUACCAAAGUUUUCCCAGAGGAUUUUAUAAUCAAUUUAAUGCAAGGUUUAUCAGAUUCUAAAAUAGUAGUUAUUAAAGCAAUUUUAUGUUAGAGACUAUUUUGUAAUGUUGUGAAUGGUACAUUUAUAAAAGUGACUGCCAAUAUAUUUUUAUAGCUAAUCUUUAUAAAUUCUAAAGUUGAGUUUUUAAUGAUAAUUUUAAAUGUUUAUAUAGUUUGUUUAGUAAAAAAGAUAUUUUGCAUCUCAAAGUAUCAUUUUUGUAUUAUGGGAAGUAAAGUUUAAGUUGGCUAAUACCUGGAAUCUAAGUUUUGUAUGCAGUUUUUCCAAAGUUCACAAAUGCUGUUAGUACACCAGUGCUUAACAUAUGUAUUCCAGUUUCUGUACACUUUGAAAUUGUACUGCAAAACAACCGUGUGCUUCUUAUACAAUAUGUAUCAUAUUGUUGUCUAUGAAAUUAAAGAACAUUUGGUAAAAUUAAA